AGGCAGGGGGCGGCAACAUGGCGGAGUGAGCGGCGGCGUCGGGGCUUCACAACAACAGUGGCGCCCGUAGCAGCGGCGGCAGCAGCGUCAAUUGCAUCGGCCACAGCCUGAGCUUCAGCACCGGCAAGCGUCGUGGCCAGCUGCUCGCGUCCUAGGGCUUCUCGGAGCGGCGGCAGCAUCUCCGCGGGGGGCGGGCCGGGCCGGACGGACCGGGAGAGGGAGAGAGCAGAGGCAGCGGCAGCGGCGGCGGCAGCGGCACACCUGCUGGGCGGGCACGGCCGCUUGCCCGGCAGCGGUUAGCGGUACCGCCACCGCCGAGAAUAAGCUUGCGGAUCCCCCGCCGCCUCCGCCGGGGAGAGCGCCGGAGCGGGCCGGGCUGAGACGCAGGCGGGGAGCGGGCCCGGCGCCGCGGCGCUGGUGGAUGCUGGGGCUUCGAGGAGACGGCCGGGGGGCGGGGGCCGAGGCAGGUAUAACGGUACCGGCGGCGGCAGCGCCGCUGCUCUUCCCUUCUCCUCAGGAGGGGGGCCAAUGGCGAGCGAGAAGCCGGGCCCGGGCCCGGUGCUCGAGCCUCAGCCCGUGGGGCUCAUUGCCGUCGGGGCCGCUGGCGGAGGCGGCGGGGGCAGCGGCGGUGGCGGCACCGGGGGCAGCGGGAUGGGGGAGCUAAGGGGGGCGUCCGGCUCCGGCUCGGUGAUGCUCCCCGCGGGGAUGAUUAACCCUUCGGUGCCGAUCCGCAACAUCCGGAUGAAAUUCGCAGUGUUGAUUGGACUCAUACAGGUCGGAGAGGUCAGCAACAGGGACAUCGUGGAGACGGUGCUCAACCUGCUGGUUGGUGGAGAAUUUGACUUGGAGAUGAACUUUAUUAUCCAGGAUGCUGAGAGUAUAACAUGCAUGACAGAGCUUUUGGAGCACUGUGAUGUAACAUGUCAAGCAGAAAUAUGGAGCAUGUUUACAGCCAUUCUACGAAAAAGUGUUCGGAAUUUACAGACUAGCACAGAAGUUGGGCUAAUUGAACAAGUAUUGCUGAAAAUGAGUGCAGUAGAUGACAUGAUAGCAGAUCUUCUAGUUGAUAUGUUGGGGGUUCUUGCCAGCUACAGCAUCACUGUCAAGGAGUUGAAGCUUUUGUUCAGCAUGCUUCGAGGAGAAAGUGGAAUCUGGCCAAGACAUGCAGUAAAAUUAUUAUCAGUUCUUAAUCAGAUGCCACAGAGACAUGGUCCUGAUACUUUUUUCAAUUUCCCUGGUUGUAGUGCUGCGGCAAUUGCCUUGCCUCCUAUUGCAAAGUGGCCUUAUCAGAAUGGCUUCACCUUAAACACUUGGUUUCGUAUGGAUCCAUUAAAUAACAUUAAUGUUGACAAGGAUAAACCUUAUCUUUAUUGUUUUCGUACUAGCAAAGGAGUUGGUUACUCUGCUCAUUUUGUUGGCAACUGUUUAAUAGUCACAUCAUUGAAGUCCAAAGGGAAAGGUUUUCAGCAUUGUGUGAAAUACGAUUUUCAGCCACGCAAGUGGUACAUGAUCAGCAUUGUCCACAUUUACAAUCGAUGGAGGAACAGUGAAAUUCGGUGUUAUGUUAAUGGACAACUGGUAUCUUAUGGUGAUAUGGCUUGGCAUGUUAACACAAAUGAUAGCUAUGACAAGUGCUUUCUUGGAUCAUCAGAAACUGCUGAUGCAAAUAGGGUAUUCUGUGGUCAACUUGGAGCCGUGUAUGUGUUCAGUGAAGCACUCAACCCAGCACAGAUAUUUGCAAUUCAUCAGUUAGGACCUGGAUAUAAGAGUACCUUCAAGUUUAAAUCUGAGAGUGAUAUUCAUUUGGCAGAACAUCAUAAACAGGUUUUAUAUGAUGGAAAACUUGCAAGUAGCAUUGCCUUUACAUAUAAUGCUAAGGCCACUGAUGCUCAACUCUGCCUGGAAUCAUCACCAAAAGAGAAUGCAUCAAUUUUUGUGCAUUCCCCACAUGCUCUAAUGCUUCAGGAUGUGAAAGCAAUAGUAACACAUUCAAUUCAUAGUGCAAUUCAUUCAAUUGGAGGGAUUCAAGUGCUUUUUCCACUUUUUGCCCAAUUGGAUAAUCGGCAGCUCAACGACAGUCAAGUAGAAACAACUGUCUGUGCUACUCUUUUGGCAUUCCUGGUUGAACUACUUAAAAGUUCAGUAGCCAUGCAAGAACAGAUGCUGGGUGGAAAAGGCUUUUUAGUCAUUGGCUACUUACUUGAAAAGUCAUCAAGAGUUCAUAUAACUAGAGCUGUCCUGGAGCAAUUUUUAUCUUUUGCAAAAUACCUUGAUGGUUUAUCUCAUGGAGCACCUUUACUGAAGCAGCUUUGUGAUCACAUUUUAUUUAACCCAGCCAUCUGGAUACAUACACCUGCAAAGGUUCAACUUUCCCUAUACACAUAUUUGUCUGCUGAAUUUAUUGGAACUGCUACCAUCUACACCACCAUACGCAGAGUAGGAACAGUAUUACAGCUAAUGCACACCUUAAAAUAUUACUACUGGGUUAUUAAUCCUGCUGACAGUAGUGGUAUUACACCUAAAGGAUUAGAUGGUCCCCGGCCAUCACAAAAAGAAAUUAUAUCACUGAGGGCAUUUAUGCUACUUUUUCUGAAACAGCUCAUACUGAAGGAUCGAGGGGUCAAGGAAGAUGAACUUCAGAGUAUAUUAAAUUACCUACUUACGAUGCAUGAGGAUGAAAAUAUUCAUGAUGUGCUACAGUUACUAGUGGCUUUAAUGUCAGAACACCCAGCGUCAAUGAUACCAGCAUUUGAUCAAAGAAAUGGAAUAAGGGUGAUCUACAAAUUACUGGCUUCUAAAAGUGAAAGUAUUUGGGUUCAAGCUUUGAAGGUUCUGGGAUACUUUCUGAAGCAUUUAGGUCACAAGAGAAAAGUUGAAAUUAUGCACACCCAUAGUCUUUUCACUCUUCUUGGAGAAAGGCUGAUGUUGCAUACAAACACUGUGACUGUCACCACAUACAACACACUUUAUGAGAUCUUGACAGAGCAAGUAUGUACUCAGGUCGUACACAAACCACAUCCAGAGCCAGAUUCUACAGUGAAAAUUCAGAAUCCAAUGAUUCUUAAAGUGGUGGCAACUUUGUUAAAAAACUCUACACCAAGCGCAGAGCUGAUGGAAGUUCGUCGUUUAUUUUUAUCUGAUAUGAUAAAACUUUUCAGUAACAGCCGUGAAAAUAGAAGAUGCUUAUUGCAGUGUUCAGUGUGGCAGGAUUGGAUGUUUUCUCUUGGCUAUAUCAAUCCUAAAAAUUCUGAGGAACAGAAGAUUACUGAAAUGGUCUACAAUAUCUUCCGGAUUCUUUUGUAUCAUGCAAUAAAAUACGAAUGGGGAGGCUGGAGAGUCUGGGUGGAUACGCUGUCAAUAGCCCAUUCCAAGGUCACUUAUGAAGCUCAUAAGGAAUACCUAGCCAAAAUGUAUGAAGAAUAUCAAAGACAAGAAGAGGAAAACAUUAAAAAAGGAAAGAAAGGGAAUGUGAGCACCAUCUCUGGUCUUUCAUCACAGACAACGGGAGCAAAAGGUGGAAUGGAAAUUCGAGAGAUAGAAGAUCUUUCACAAAGCCAGAGCCCAGAAAGUGAGACCGAUUACCCUGUCAGCACAGAUACUCGAGACUUACUCAUGUCAACAAAAGUGUCAGAUGAUAUACUUGGAAAUUCAGAUAGACCAGGAAGUGGUGUACAUGUGGAAGUACAUGAUCUUUUAGUAGAUAUAAAAGCAGAGAAAGUGGAAGCAACAGAAGUAAAGCUCGAUGAUAUGGAUUUGUCACCGGAGACUUUAGUAGGUGGAGAGAAUGGUGCCCUUGUGGAGGUUGAAUCUCUGUUGGAUAAUGUAUAUAGUGCUGCUGUUGAGAAACUCCAGAACAAUGUACAUGGAAGUGUUGGUAUCAUUAAAAAAAAUGAAGAAAAGGAUAAUGGUCCCUUGAUAACAUUAGCAGAUGAGAAAGAAGACCUUCCCAAUAGUAGUACAUCAUUUCUCUUUGAUAAAAUACCCAAACAGGAAGAAAAACUACUUCCUGAACUUUCUAGCAAUCACAUUAUUCCAAAUAUUCAGGACACACAAGUACAUCUUGGUGUUAGUGAUGAUCUUGGAUUGCUUGCUCACAUGACCGGUAGUGUAGACUUAACUUGUACAUCUAGUAUAAUAGAAGAAAAAGAGUUCAAAAUCCACACAACUUCAGAUGGAAUGAGCAGUAUUUCUGAAAGAGACUUAGCGUCAUCAGCUAAGGGGCUGGAGUAUGCUGAAAUGACUGCUACAACUCUGGAAACUGAGUCUUCUAGUAGCAAAAUUGUACCAAAUAUUGAUGCAGGAAGUAUAAUUUCAGAUACUGAAAGGUCUGACGAUGGCAAAGAAUCAGGAAAAGAAAUCCGAAAAAUCCAAACAACUACUACGACACAAGCUGUGCAGGGUCGGUCUAUCACCCAACAAGACCGAGAUCUCCGAGUUGAUUUAGGAUUUCGAGGAAUGCCAAUGACUGAAGAACAGCGGCGCCAGUUUAGCCCAGGUCCACGGACUACGAUGUUUCGUAUUCCUGAGUUUAAAUGGUCUCCAAUGCACCAGCGGCUUCUCACUGAUUUGCUAUUUGCAUUAGAAACUGAUGUACAUGUCUGGAGGAGCCAUUCCACAAAGUCUGUAAUGGAUUUUGUCAAUAGCAAUGAAAAUAUUAUUUUUGUACAUAACACAAUUCACCUCAUUUCCCAAAUGGUAGACAACAUCAUCAUUGCUUGUGGAGGAAUUUUACCUUUGCUCUCUGCUGCUACAUCACCAACUGGUUCUAAGACGGAAUUGGAAAAUAUUGAAGUGACACAAGGCAUGUCAGCUGAGACAGCAGUAACUUUCCUCAGCCGGCUCAUGGCUAUGGUUGAUGUACUUGUGUUUGCAAGCUCUCUAAAUUUUAGUGAGAUUGAAGCUGAGAAAAACAUGUCUUCUGGGGGUUUAAUGCGACAGUGCCUAAGAUUAGUUUGUUGUGUUGCUGUGAGAAACUGUUUAGAAUGUCGGCAAAGACAGAGAGACAGGGGAAAUAAAUCUUCCCAUGGAAGCAGUAAACCUCAGGAAGUUCCCCAAAGUGUGACUGCCACAGCAGCUUCGAAGACUCCAUUGGAAAAUGUUCCAGGUAACCUUUCUCCUAUUAAGGAUCCUGAUAGACUUCUUCAGGAUGUUGAUAUCAAUCGCCUUCGUGCUGUUGUCUUUCGGGAUGUGGAUGAUAGCAAACAGGCACAGUUCUUAGCUCUGGCUGUUGUUUACUUCAUUUCGGUUCUGAUGGUUUCCAAGUAUCGUGACAUAUUAGAACCCCAGAGAGAGACUACAAGAACUGGAAGCCAACCAGGUAGAAACAUCAGACAAGAAAUAAAUUCACCAACAAGUACAGUUGUGGUCAUACCAUCUAUCCCUCAUCCAAGUUUGAACCAUGGAUUCCUUGCCAAGUUAAUUCCUGAGCAGAGCUUUGGCCACUCAUUUUACAAAGAAACACCUGCUGCAUUUCCAGACACUAUAAAAGAAAAGGAAGCACCAACUCCUGGUGAAGAUAUUCAGCCAGAAAGUUCAAUUCCCCAUACAGAUUCAGGAAUUGGAGAGGAGCAAGUGGCUAGCAUUCUGAAUGGGGCAGAAUUAGAAACAAGUACAGGCCCUGAUGCCAUGAGUGAACUCUUAUCCACUUUGUCAUCUGAAGUGAAGAAAUCACAAGAGAGCUUAACUGAAAAUCCCAGUGAAACGUUGAAGCCUGCACCAUCCAUAUCUAGCAUUAGUCAAACCAAAGGCAUCAAUGUCAAGGAAAUACUGAAAAGUCUUGUGGCUGCUCCAGUUGAAAUUGCAGAAUGUGGCCCUGAACCUAUCCCAUACCCAGAUCCAGCAUUGAAGAGAGAAGCGCAAGCUAUUCUUCCUAUGCAGUUUCAUUCCUUUGACAGGAGUGUUGUGGUGCCUGUAAAGAAGCCACCUCCAGGUAGUUUAGCUGUAACCACUGUGGGAGCCACUACUGCUGGAAGUGGGCUGCCAACAGGCAGUACCUCUAAUAUAUUUGCUGCUACUGGAGCUACACCAAAAAGUAUGAUUAAUACAACAGGUGCCGUGGAUUCAGGGUCCUCCUCCUCUUCCUCCUCUUCUAGUUUUGUGAAUGGUGCUACCAGCAAAAACCUUCCAGCUGUACAAACAGUUGCUCCAAUGCCAGAAGAUUCAGCUGAAAAUAUGAGCAUCACUGCAAAACUUGAAAGAGCUUUAGAAAAAGUUGCUCCUCUUCUUCGUGAAAUUUUUGUAGACUUUGCCCCAUUCCUAUCUCGUACACUUCUUGGCAGUCAUGGACAAGAGCUAUUGAUAGAAGGCCUUGUUUGUAUGAAGUCCAGCACAUCUGUGGUUGAGCUUGUUAUGCUGCUUUGUUCUCAGGAAUGGCAAAACUCUAUUCAGAAGAAUGCAGGACUUGCAUUUAUUGAGCUCAUCAAUGAAGGAAGAUUACUGUGCCAUGCUAUGAAGGACCAUAUAGUUCGUGUUGCAAAUGAAGCUGAGUUUAUUUUGAACAGACAGAGAGCCGAAGAUGUACAUAAACAUGCAGAGUUUGAGUCACAGUGUGCCCAGUAUGCUGCUGAUAGAAGAGAGGAAGAAAAGAUGUGUGACCAUCUGAUCAGUGCUGCAAAACAUCGAGACCAUGUAACAGCAAAUCAGCUGAAACAGAAGAUUCUCAAUAUUCUCACAAAUAAACAUGGUGCUUGGGGAGCAGUUUCUCAUAGCCAAUUGCAUGAUUUCUGGCGUUUGGAUUACUGGGAAGAUGAUCUUCGUCGAAGGAGACGAUUUGUUCGCAAUGCAUUUGGCUCCACUCAUGCUGAGGCAUUGCUCAAAGCUGCAAUAGAAUAUGGCACGGAAGAAGAUGUAGUAAAGUCAAAGAAAACAUUCAGAAGUCAAGCAAUAGUGAACCAGAAUGCAGAGACAGAACUUAUGCUGGAAGGAGACGAUGAUGCAGUCAGUCUGCUACAGGAGAAAGAAAUCGACAACCUUGCAGGCCCAGUGGUUCUCAGCACCCCUGCCCAGCUCAUCGCUCCCGUGGUGGUGGCCAAGGGGACUCUCUCCAUCACCACGACAGAAAUCUACUUCGAGGUAGAUGAGGAUGAUUCCGCCUUCAAGAAGAUCGACACUAAAGUUCUUGCAUACACUGAGGGACUUCACGGAAAAUGGAUGUUCAGCGAGAUACGAGCUGUAUUUUCAAGACGUUACCUUCUACAAAACACUGCUUUGGAAGUAUUUAUGGCAAACCGAACCUCAGUUAUGUUUAAUUUCCCUGAUCAAGCAACAGUAAAAAAAGUUGUCUAUAGCUUGCCUCGGGUUGGAGUAGGGACCAGCUAUGGUUUGCCACAAGCCAGGAGGAUAUCAUUGGCCACUCCUCGACAGCUUUAUAAAUCUUCCAAUAUGACUCAGCGCUGGCAAAGAAGGGAAAUUUCAAACUUCGAAUAUUUGAUGUUCCUUAAUACGAUUGCAGGACGGACAUAUAAUGAUCUGAACCAAUAUCCAGUAUUUCCAUGGGUGUUAACCAACUAUGAAUCAGAAGAAUUGGACCUGACUCUUCCAGGAAACUUCAGGGAUCUAUCAAAGCCAAUUGGUGCUUUGAACCCAAAGAGAGCUGUGUUUUACGCAGAGCGUUAUGAGACGUGGGAAGAUGAUCAAAGCCCACCCUACCAUUAUAAUACCCAUUAUUCAACAGCAACAUCUACUUUAUCCUGGCUUGUUCGAAUUGAACCUUUCACAACCUUCUUCCUCAAUGCAAAUGAUGGAAAAUUUGAUCAUCCAGAUCGAACCUUCUCGUCCGUUGCAAGGUCUUGGAGAACUAGUCAGAGAGAUACUUCUGAUGUAAAGGAACUAAUUCCAGAGUUCUACUACCUACCAGAGAUGUUUGUCAACAGUAAUGGAUAUAAUCUUGGAGUCAGAGAAGAUGAAGUAGUGGUAAAUGAUGUAGAUCUUCCCCCUUGGGCAAAAAAACCUGAAGACUUUGUGCGGAUCAACAGGAUGGCCCUAGAAAGUGAAUUUGUUUCUUGCCAACUUCAUCAGUGGAUCGACCUUAUAUUUGGCUAUAAGCAGCGAGGACCAGAAGCAGUUCGUGCUCUGAAUGUUUUUCACUACUUGACUUAUGAAGGCUCUGUGAACCUGGAUAGUAUCACUGAUCCUGUGCUCAGGGAGGCCAUGGAGGCACAGAUACAGAACUUUGGACAGACGCCAUCUCAGUUGCUUAUUGAGCCACAUCCGCCUCGGAGCUCUGCCAUGCACCUGUGUUUCCUUCCACAGAGUCCGCUCAUGUUUAAAGAUCAGAUGCAACAGGAUGUGAUAAUGGUGCUGAAGUUUCCUUCAAAUUCUCCAGUGACCCAUGUGGCAGCCAACACCCUGCCCCACUUGACCAUCCCCGCAGUGGUGACAGUGACUUGCAGCCGACUGUUUGCAGUGAAUAGAUGGCACAACACAGUAGGCCUCAGAGGAGCUCCAGGAUACUCCUUGGAUCAAGCCCACCAUCUUCCCAUUGAAAUGGAUCCAUUAAUUGCCAAUAAUUCUGGUGUAAACAAACGGCAGAUCACAGACCUCGUUGACCAGAGUAUACAAAUCAAUGCACAUUGUUUUGUGGUCACAGCAGAUAAUCGCUAUAUUCUUAUCUGUGGAUUCUGGGAUAAGAGCUUCAGAGUUUAUUCUACAGAAACAGGGAAAUUGACUCAGAUUGUAUUUGGCCAUUGGGAUGUGGUCACAUGCUUGGCCAGGUCUGAGUCAUACAUUGGUGGAGACUGCUACAUCGUGUCCGGAUCUCGAGAUGCCACCCUGCUGCUCUGGUACUGGAGUGGGCGGCACCAUAUCAUAGGAGACAACCCUAACAGCAGUGACUAUCCUGCACCAAGAGCCGUCCUCACAGGCCAUGACCAUGAGGUUGUCUGUGUUUCUGUCUGUGCAGAACUUGGGCUUGUUAUCAGCGGUGCUAAAGAGGGCCCUUGCCUUGUCCACACCAUCACUGGAGAUUUGCUGAGAGCCCUUGAAGGACCAGAAAACUGCUUAUUCCCACGCUUGAUUUCUGUCUCCAGCGAAGGCCAUUGUAUCAUAUACUAUGAACGAGGGCGAUUCAGCAAUUUCAGCAUUAAUGGGAAACUUUUGGCUCAAAUGGAGAUCAAUGAUUCAACACGGGCCAUUCUCCUGAGCAGUGAUGGCCAGAACCUGGUCACCGGAGGGGACAAUGGGGUAGUAGAGGUCUGGCAGGCCUGUGACUUCAAGCAACUGUACAUUUACCCUGGAUGUGAUGCUGGCAUUAGAGCAAUGGACUUGUCCCAUGACCAGAGGACUCUGAUCACUGGCAUGGCUUCUGGUAGCAUUGUAGCUUUUAAUAUAGAUUUUAAUCGGUGGCAUUAUGAGCAUCAGAACAGAUACUGAAGAUAAAGAAAGACCCAAAAGCCAAGUUAAAGCUGAGAGCACAAGUGCUGCAUGGAAAGGCAAUAUCUCUGAUGGGAAAAACUCGUCUGCAUCGACCUCCGUUUGUGCAUUCCAUCACACCCAGCAAUAGCUGUACAUUGUAGUCAGCAACAUUUUACUUUGUGUGUUUUUUCACGACUGAACACCAGCUGCUAUCAAGCAAGCUUAUAUCAUGUAAAUUAUAUGAAUUAGGAGACGUUUUGGUAAUUAUUUCAUAUAUUGUUGUUUAUUGAGAAAAGGUUGUAGGAUGUGUCACAAGAGACUUUUGACAAUUCUGAGGAACCUUGUGUCCAGUUGUUACAAAGUUUAAGCUUUGAACCUAACCUGCAUCCCAUUUCCAGCCUCUUUUCAAGCUGAGGAAAAAAAAAAACACACACACGUUUGAUACUUUGUACAUCAGAUGCAUCUUAUUUAAAAGGAAUACUUUUGUAAAAGUAAAACCUUGUAUAAAGAACAAAAUGUUUCUUAAUUUUAUUGUGGAGUUACAACUUGCAUGUUCCUUACUCCUGAUGGCUUGAUGGAACAGGUGCAUUCACACUAUGAAACAAAGAUCUGUCCAAGGACACAGCUUGUAUGAAAGGGUUGAAUUUGGGCUCCAUCAGUAAUUUUUGACAUUUUCGCCAAAAUAUAGUUUGCACUUUUUAAUCUAAAUUCAUCCCUUCUGAGUGAAAUUUGCUCAUAAAGCAUUUGGAUACUAAGCCAUUAUUUGCCAUUUUGGGUACUUUAUACAAAGAAAAUUCAGCCCUACCCUGCAUAAUUUGAAGACACAGCAGAAAGGGGGCUUAGGGAUGAGGUCCUGGUUUUUCUUGUAUAAAUAGGAGUUAUGAGCGUUAGUUCCGUAGUAAUAACUUCCCAGCACCUGCACAUCUCUUCCAGAGUCAUCCCACUGGCUUGGUGUGUAUACAUCAGGGGAGGAUAAUCUGAUGCUAACUUUUUUUUUUCUCUUUGGUUCUUGAAUAGCUUAGUUUCUUUAAUAACAAGUCAGACUUUAUUACAACAAUAAACUGAAGUUAUUCUUUUAGGUUCUCGUGAAAUUCUCACCGAAAGCCACAUUCUUAGCCUAAGGCACUUCAUCUUUUAUGAUAUAAAAUGAUGGCUAUCAAAUGAUUUUCCAUACAUUGUACUGAUCAAGUUAUACACCCAGGGGUAUAUACACUUUCUUCAUGUUUCUUCUUUGUAUAUUUGGUGACUGUAUCGUCAUAGAUGUACAUAUUGUGUCGGUAGGGCUAUGAGGCAUGUUACAGGAAUGUAAUUUUCUCAGAAUUUACACUCACUUGCAGUCAUUUAUUUAAAAAGAUAAAACAAGAUAAUGGGUUCUUUGUAUUGGCACUUUGCACCAGAAACAUAUCAUUAUUUAUUGAUGUGAUUACUUAUUUGUUAUCCACCUUGUACUAGUAAGUUUUAGCACUGAAUUCCUUCUUCAUUGUUGUUUGUAUUUAUGAAAUUCUGAAAUUAUGGGGAAUCAGCAUAGUGAUUAAGUUAUUCAUCACCAGGCUGUAAAGCAAUAUCUUGAGUUUGUAGCUUAGAAUUGGGAGGACACUGAACAUCUGGAAGACAAGUCCAUUUCAUCUUGAGAUCAUGGUGAAAUAUUUUGGAUAUAUAAAUUCCUUAAGCUAUUGUAACCAUGUUUUAUUGCAAAGAUGUAAAAUAUGCCAGAUGUGUGUGAGUUGGAAAUCAAAAAAAGAAAAAUAAAAUAUGCAAAGAAUUCA